AUGUUCUUCGCUAGGCGAUCGGUGGCUUCGGCGCGGCUCCUUCUGCGGAACCAGCAGCCCCGGCGAUUCGACUCGCACGCAGCUCACCAUGCCGAGCCUGUGAACGAGAGCUUCGGCCGCAGUUUCUACGUCACCUUCGGCACCUUCGCGUCCGCCUUCGUUCUGUACCAGGUGGCCAAGUCGAACGAUAACUCCGGCUCCCCGUCAUGGAUCACCAACCUCAUCCACAAGUGGACUCCGGACGAGAAGAUCUUUGAGCAGAGAAACGCCAUUCACACGGCCGCCAUGGAGAAGGUCGCUCAUGACCGUCACUUGUUCGCGAGUCAGGGUCCUCGCGAAUUCAUUGAAUUGAAGCAGCCUGAGGUCAGCUUCAGCGCCGUCGCUCCUUACAAUGUCGCCCCCGGCCAGAGCGCCGAUCUGAGCCACGUUGUCGCUCACUACCAGCGCCAGAACCAGGAGAUGGAGGCCUCCCGUGUGGCCCGGAUGCAGGACGGCAAGGUCGUGUCUCUUUAUGAAUAGGCGAGCAUAUUGAACUAAGGAAAAUGUGAUUCUUCUGUUGUUGUUGUUUUUCUGUGUUAUGAAUAUGUCGGUAAUAGACAUAGGAAGCAGGGCUUGUUGUACAUAUACCGGGCAGUGUUCAAGAUUUUUUUUUCUUCAUCCUUAUUCUUCGUUAUCGAUUGUCCGCAGAUGCGGUGGUCUCCAGCAUGGAGUUACAGCUGUGGUCGCAAGCCAUAAUUACAUAUAUACAUAUGGUAAAGUACAGUGUAGGUCCCUGUCGAUCAAAUUGGCCCCAUAACCGAUACUACUAAU